AUGCCCGUAUUUACCGAAUCCGCCUCUUCAACUCGCGAUCUCCGCGUUCUGCCCUCCUUCGCGCCUCCCCUCCCCCGCCUCUCAUCCCUCCAUCCUGAUCUGGUCGAUGAGGAUAAAUAUGAAGUUGUUGUGGUUGGAGCUGGCCCAGCAGGCCUAAUGCUCACCCUCCUACUCGCCCGAUACGGUCUAUCCGAUCAAUCCCUGCUCUGUCUCGACGCGAAACCAUCGACCCUGAAAUCCGGACAGGCGGACGGCGUGCAACCGCGCACGCUGGAAGUGUUCAAAUCGCUCGGUCUGGCAGAUGAAAUCGUCAAUGAAGCAUGUCAAAUGUGGGAAUUUGCGUUCUGGAAUCCGUCACCCGAUGCGAAGAAGAUUAUCGAGCGGACUGCUGUCGUUCCCGAGGUGUUGGCGCCCGCGAGAUACGGCUUCGAAGGCACGAUCCAUCAAGGCCGGAUCGAGAGGAUUUUAGAUGAAGAUUUGGGGCGGUACUCCAAGCGAGGCAUUCGGCGGGAUUCGCGGGUUGUCAAGGUUGAAAUUGAUGAGUCGGAUUCUGCGUUUCCUGUUGUUGCGGAAGUGGAAUGUGGUGGUGAGACGAGGAAGAUUCGAUCGAAAUACCUGAUCGCCGCGGACGGAGCGCAUUCCGUUGUACGACAAUGUCUCGGCUUACGACUGGAGGGUGAAUCCCUUGAUCAUAUUUGGGGAGUUGUCGAUUUAGUUGUUGACACUGACUUUCCUGAUAUCCGGCGGCGAUGCGCGGUUCAUUCACCCCGGGGCUCUGUCAUGGUGAUUCCGCGCGAACGGAUUUCUACGGGUGAGUAUCUGACAAGGCUAUACGUGCACGUUCCGGAUGAAGAUACCGAGUCCAACGCGCGGACUCGACGGGGAAAGGUCACGCUGGAGGCGAUAUUGCAGCAAGCAACGGAUGUGUUUCGGUCGUAUCGAUUCAGGCCCAAGACGAACGGGGCGAUUGACUGGUGGGCUGCGUAUCAGAUUGGGCAGCGGGUGGCGAGGGAUUUCAUCGUGAGGGAUAAUGCGGGGCGUGGGAGGGUGUUUCUUGCUGGUGAUGCGUGUCAUACGCACAGUCCGAAGGCCGGCCAAGGAAUGAACGUCUCAAUGAUGGACUCGUACAAUCUGGCCUGGAAACUGGGUUAUGCAGUCCACGGUCUGGCAUCCUCAUCAGCCCUGCUGGAUACAUACAACGACGAACGACAGAUCAACGCACAGAACCUCAUCGACUUUGACCGGCACUUUUCGACUCUCUUCUCCGGAAAGGAAGAUGCAAGUUCCGGUCUCACGCCUGAACAGCUUCAUAAUGCGUUUACCACCGGGAAUGGGUUCACCAGUGGGUGUGGGGUUGAGUAUGGUGAGAAUCUAAUCGUGCAGAAUGGACAGAACAAUCCGAUUCAAGGAGAUGAUUAUCUUUUUGGGAUUAUCAAGCCGGGAAGAAGAUUGUUGAAUGUCAAGGUGAAGAGAUAUGCGGAUGGGUGGAGGAGGGAUCUUCAUGAUGAUCUGCUAUCCACCGGUCGAUUCCGCAUUAUCUGUCUUACUUCGACUGAUCUGCUGGAUGAUGGAGUUUCCUCUCGGACAUUGCUUUCCAUUGGAAAGUUGAUCCACGAAUAUCCACCCUCUCUGAUUGAGGAAAUUGUCAUCCAUCCCCAUCUCCAACGCGAGUUUGAGUGGUCCGACAUCCCAGAAUGCGUCAAGCAAGAAGCCGAAAUGUGUUUCUACAGUGGAUAUGAACUUGAAGAUGUAUACGGGAUUUACGGAGUUGAUCCAGAAAAAGGAGCAAUCGUGGUAGUCCGACCAGACGGCGUCGUGGGAAUGGUUACCGAAUUGGGCGAUAUUGAAGCUGUUUAUAGCUAUCUAGCAGGCUGUGUAUCUCUCAUCUAG